AUGGCAUCGGGCAGGAGGGGCUGGGACAGCAGCCACGAGGAUGAUCUGCCGGUCUACCUGGCCAGGCCAGGUACCACAGACCAGAUCCCCCGGCAGAAGUACGGGGGCAUGUUCUGCAACGUGGAGGGAGCCUUCGAGAGCAAGACGCUGGAUUUCGAUGCCCUGAGCGUAGGGCAGCGAGGGGCAAAGACCCCGAGGAGCAGCCAAGGCGGCGGCAGCGGCGGUGGUGGCGGGGGGAGCCGGCCGGUGGUGGCUGAGCUAGACACCUCCCGGAGGAGCCAAGCCCGGGAGGACUGCCGGGACUACCCGGCGCCUGCCCUCAGCGGGGUGGAGAUCAGGAGCGCUUCGGGAAAGGAGGUGUUGCAGAACCUCGACCCCAAAGAUAAGAGUGACCGUCUUCUUAUUAAAGGGGGCAGAAUAGUCAAUGAUGACCAGUCCUUUUAUGCAGACAUCUACAUGGAAGAUGGCUUAAUAAAGCAAAUUGGAGACAAUCUGAUUGUACCUGGAGGAGUGAAGACCAUUGAAGCUCAUGGGAAGAUGGUAAUCCCUGGAGGCAUAGAUGUUCACACUCAUUUCCAGAUGCCGUACAAGGGAAUGACCACAGUAGAUGACUUCUUCCAAGGGACUAAAGCCGCCUUGGCUGGCGGGACCACCAUGAUCAUUGACCAUGUGGUCCCUGACCCAGAAUCCAGCCUGAUCGAGGCCUUCGAGAAGUGGCGAGAGUGGGCUGAUGGGAAGACUUGCUGCGACUACUCCUUGCAUGUGGACAUCACUCAUUGGAAUGAUCGUGUCAAGCAAGAAGUGCAGAACCUCAUCAGGGACAAAGGAGUCAACUCCUUCAUGGUUUACAUGGCCUACAAGGAUCUGUAUCAGGUCUCCAACACAGAGCUCUAUGAAAUCUUUACCUGCCUCGCAGAGUUGGGGGCCAUUGCUCAAGUUCAUGCAGAAAAUGGAGAUAUCAUUGCGCAGGAACAAACCCGGAUGUUGGAAAUUGGAAUAACUGGCCCUGAAGGCCAUGUACUAAGUAGACCAGAGGAGCUGGAAGCUGAGGCUGUUUUUCGGGCAAUCACCAUUGCCAGUCAAACCAACUGCCCUCUCUACAUCACCAAGGUCAUGAGCAAGAGUGCUGCGGACCUCAUCUCUCAAGCCCGGAAGAAAGGCAAUGUGGUGUUUGGGGAGCCCAUCACAGCCAGCCUUGGCACAGACGGGACGCACUAUUGGAGCAAGAAUUGGGCCAAAGCGGCUGCUUUUGUGACAUCUCCUCCGCUGAGCCCUGACCCCACCACUCCGGACUAUAUCAACUCCUUGUUGGCAAGUGGGGACCUGCAGCUUGCUGGGAGCGCCCACUGCACAUUCAGCACAGCUCAGAAGGCAGUCGGGAAGGACAAUUUCACUGCCAUCCCCGAGGGUACAAAUGGGGUAGAAGAGCGCAUGUCUGUCAUCUGGGACAAGGCUGUGGCCACUGGGAAAAUGGAUGAAAACCAGUUCGUAGCUGUGACAAGUACCAAUGCCUCCAAGAUCUUCAACUUGUAUCCUCGGAAGGGGAGAAUAUCUGUGGGUUCUGACAGUGACCUAGUCAUUUGGGAUCCAGAUGCUGUGAAGAUCGUUUCAGCCAAGAACCAUCAGUCGGCUGCUGAGUACAACAUUUUUGAAGGGAUGGAGCUUCGAGGAGCACCCCUGGUGGUCAUUUGCCAGGGAAAGAUCAUGCUAGAGGAUGGCAAUCUUCAUGUGACCCAGGGGGCUGGGCGCUUUAUCCCUUGUAACCCUUUCUCUGACUUUGUCUAUAAGCGCAUUAAAGCUCGGAGGAAGAUGGCUGAAAUGCAUGCUGUGCCAAGGGGCAUGUAUGAUGGGCCGGUGUUUGACUUGACCACCACUCCAAAAGGAGGCACUCCUGCAGGAUCUACUAGGGGGUCACCCACUCGCCAGACCCCACCAGUGAGAAAUCUUCAUCAGUCAGGAUUUAGCCUGUCAGGUACCCAGGUGGACGAAGGAGUCCGCUCGGCCAGCAAGCGUAUUGUGGCACCCCCUGGAGGCCGUUCUAAUAUAACAUCCCUGAGUUAAGUGACCCUCAAAGAGGAUGGAGAAACAAGGAAAGAUUUUUCAAAGCCAAAAUGGUACAUUGGUAUUUAAAAAAAGAAAGUGAAUCCAAACAGUUCCAAUCUGAAGAAUCAAUAAGCCUUCAAGCCUUAUGGUUUUUUUUUUUCUCCCAAUGCUACUCGCUUGCCUAGCUUUAAGAAUAUCGCUUCAUUUUUUCUUUCUUUUUUUUUUUUGCAUAGCCUUGAGAGUUUUUUUUUUCUCUUCUACAUGCAUGCAGUAAGAUGAAUCACUAAGUUAAGAGUCUGUAACCUUACAUAUGUGUUGCAAGCUUGUGUACUGCUGAGUUAUAAGACAGGGGAUAGACAAAGCUGGGAGGACAGGGAACCAAAAGAUAGAACGAAAGGGAACCAGGCCGCUUGGGGUGGAAGGGUGGUGGGAGCCCUGGCAGAGGGGCAGGGGGGUGGGCUGAGUACGGGAGGUGGGUGGGCCAGGGGAAAGGAAAGGGGGAUAUUGUGUAUUGUGUUGAGUACUUCUGUUUCCGAUUAAGCCAGUCAGGCAUGGCCACUGUCGUUGCCUCGCUACAUCAUGGUACCACGGGGCCUCCAGAGAAGGCAAGCAGUUUCUGUCACUUAGCCUUUGUCACAUUGCCUCUUAAUCUGAUUUUGUGUUACUUUGUACAUUUUAUUAAAAAACGAAAGGCAAUCAUUUCUUUCCA